GCUAACAAGAACAGAAAGCUUCGAUGCGAUGCGAACGGUUGGAAUGUUGUCUCUCAAAGAUAUGCCAGUGCUUCUCAGGUGAGCCAUUGUUGGACUUUUCCAUGUCCGGUUGGGUCUGCUUUGUUCUUCCAGCUUCAUGUCCAUUUCCGUCAGCUAUCCCCUAGCAUCGCAUCACCCUUUGUUUCUGCCCAUUGUCGAAAAGGUCGAGAAUGUUGACUGCUUCAUUGAUCCCGCUCAGCUACCCCCCCUUUGUGUCCUGUUCUCAUAUGUUGUCAGCAUGUUGCCAACUAUCUUCCUACAGAACCUUUUCUGCAUUCCUUUUGGCAACAUCUUCAUGACUUCACCAAAUCAUUGCUUUCACUAGGAACCCACGAUAUCUUUGAUUCCCCGAGUAGAACUACACGAGAAAGCUGGCGCAUACCACAAUCGCAAAGACGAACACUCAUCAACAUAGCAAGGAGAAGAAACGUAAACCAAAACAACAAUGGCUCACCGAGGCGCCCACUCCGCGCCCACCGGCCUCUACAGCACCGGCGGGUUCAAGCCCCCCUCCUUCGGCGUCGUCCCCAAAGCCCGCUCCGACGUCCGCCAACCCAGCCGCAUCUCAUCCACCCACGUCGUCGUCGAGCCCAUCCCCACAAAGGAGCGGCCCUGGCUUCCCUCGGACGGGCUCUACCAGGAACUCAACAAGAAAGCCAUGCACGAGCGCAAGAUCGCCAUCUUGGGAGUCGACGACAGACUGCUUAAGCCCUUGCCCCUAAAGAAACACCCGUUCCAUACCCUGGAUUACAUCCCCUUUGCGCGAUCAAGCCUCGAGGCGUUCGGUGCUAUUGAGGCGGGGUUGAAGGGAGUGGCUAAGAAGUUGAGGCUCGAUGUCGGUCUCGGGGUGGAUGUGACUCCUGUGAUCCCGAGACAGGUGGUGACUAUAAGAGAAUCGGGGUGGAGGCCGACGCAGUUGGGGUUUGAUCAUAUCCGCUGGCCGACUUUGUCGGAGGAGGAUAAGGAGAUCGAGUUCCAGAGUGACUGGUAUGGGAUUCUUUGGGAAGACCUCAUGCGGAGGGUGUAUAGGUGGGCGGAGAAGUAUUUUGACAACGAAGGGUCCGACGUCAAGCUCAGUGCGAAGAGUGUUAAAGAUUGGAUGAACCUGUGGAAGCAGGCGGGCGUUUCGGACCAGUUUGUUCAUUAUGCGAGCUUGGUGGCGAGGCAGGAUAAUAAUCACCCGGCGGGGUGGGAUGUGUUGUUGGCUAAGGGACGGUAUAGGAAGUUUUUGAUGGUGGCGGUGUUGGUGAGGUUGUUGCAGGAGCAGGUGUUUGAUGAAUUGUUGUUUGGGGCGGAUAGGGGUACGAAGAGGAUGUUGGAGGCGCAGGAUGAGUGUUAUAUUGAGAUGGAUGGCUACGUCCGCACCGUGAUGCGUUCCCAAAGCGUUCGCGCUGCUCUUGGUGAAUACAUUCUGACUCCCGAGUUCUGGCCCGAGGUGGACAAGCUGGCAAUUCAAACCACUGCCUUGUUUUCUCCCUUGCUCCGGUUCAUGGACGUCGAAUUUGAGAAGCGUAUCGACCCACUGGAAUUCCACCAAGAAAUCCACGAUAUCAUUGCCGAGGCUGGGUACUUCAACAUCGCCAUGCGCUUAUCCCGCGACGUCUUCCGCUUCAACUGGCCUCUGCCUGGAGAUGCAUGGAGCUUUGAGGUCGAGAACGUCGACGACAUUCCCUUUGAGAUCUCCCGGGCAUGGGCCGACAAGCACGAGCAAGACGCGCAGAAGCGGUAUCACGCAGGCCUGGAAGCGGACCGCCGCCGGAAGAAGAGGAGAAAGGAGCUUGGACUGGACGGACGUACUCCCAGGACCACGGCUGCCAUGGCACGCGGUACCCUCAGACUUGCCUUGGAUGACGCCAGUACAAAGUUGAAGUCCGGUUUGACGGCCACAGCCGCCAGGCUUGCGCGACUCCGUCCCGGCUUUGUUGCACCCACUGUUCACGAUCCUCCUCCUGCCCCAGAGCCGAACUAUAGCAGGUCUAAAAGUGACCCCAACCGUCCAGAGCUCUACCUCCCUUCUCGCUUGGCAAAGACUCAAAUCGCCAUCUUCCCCGCCAUCCAACGCUACAUGAACCUGGAAACCUUUAGACGUGAGGAGGUCAAGAAGAACCCGUCCUUCCGGGUCGGCCUCUCCUUCCACACCAACGACCUCAUGGCUUCCAUCGAGACCCACCCCACUUACGAGUAUUACUUUGAUAAAGUCAUCCCCCGCAAUCCCCCUCCUAAAGAGGAAGACUCUUCCGACGAGCAGGGCUACAAAGCCCCCCACACCCGCCGCCGUCUCAAGCAUCACAUGAACCCCUUCGACCGUCAAGAAGACGCUCAAGCAAUCCACCUAAUCGCCAAAGGCAACGCAAUCUACUACUCGGGCGUAGCCGACGAGUCCAACCUUUCCGCCCUCCGCCGCAGCAGCAAUGAUCCUUCGGCAGGUCCAGAAAAGUAUUACAUCGGUUACCCAGGUUACCUGCCGGAGCACGUUCCUACCUUGAGAGAAUGGACUAAUCUCCCGCUUACCUCCCGCCAUUCCUCCCAUUCCUCCCAUUCCCUCUCCUCCUCCUCCUCCUCAUCCUCAUCCUCCUCCCCCUACUUCUCCUCCUCCCGCACCUCUUCAUCUCUCCUGAGCAGAUUGAUCCCCUCAAACCGCACCCUCCUCCAUCUCCGCCGCCUCCUUUUUACUCUUCUCAUCUACUCCCUCCUCCGCUUUUUGGUACUUCCCUUCCUCUUCCCUUCUUUCCUCCCCUUCUUUUUGGCCCUGGAAUCAACACUCCUCCACGUUUUCAACCAGGUCAAAGACGGCCUAACCACGCUCCUCACCCCCAUUGUGGAUGCCCUCCGCCCUCUGGUUGGUCUCCUCCUCCGCGCAUUAACCCUCCUUCAAAACCUAGCGUUAGCUAUACUCAAACCAGUCCUCGCUCCCAUCGGGGACCUGGUUAAAAAGGUGGUGCUUCCGCCGCUAGCCGCGCUGUUAAGAGGGGUGGGGUAUCUUUAUUCGCAGCUGGUUAGGAGGGGACCGGUGGGAUGGGUUUGGGCGAGGUUGGAAGGUGCGCUUGGAUGGUGGGGAGAUUGGGUGAAGUUGGUGGAUGAGAGUGUGAGAGGGGGGUUGGAAAGGGUUGAUGGGUGGCUUGGUGGUGCUACUGGUGCUACAUUUUUACCUGAGGCGUGGCGGAGGAGAGGAGGUGCAGUAGGAGGAGGAGGAACAGGAGGUGGGGGAGGGGGGUUGACAACGACGGUGACGACGACGGCGACGACAACUACGACGACGGCCGGGGCGGUGGCUGGUGGUGGUGGUAACUGGAAUCCUUUUGCAAGGGGGGUUGAGUCUGAUUUGAAGACUGAGAAGACUACCUACACUGUUACCACUAACGGUGGGGAAGAAGUGUUCACUGUUACUGAGAAAAACACUGCUAAAGGUGGUGGUCUGACGUCUGGGAGGCGGACUUCCACCACUGCUUCCACUGUUACUACUGGCGACGGAACCUUCACCCUUGCCGGCGCGGCACCGCCUCCUCCUCUUACGCCAUGAAGCAGUUUAACCGUGGAUAACAAGUUUUGGAAAGUUGGAUAAGUAGUCCGUUGGUUGAUCUUAUUAGGGAUGUUGGUUUUUGGAGGCGUUAGGUCAACUUGGAGUUUGGAUAAAGUUGUAUAGUAGCUAGCUUAUCUUUGAGAAAUUCUUUCUAUACCUG